AGCAGCAUUGGGCUGUCUGCUCUUGAACUCUGCGCGGGGCCCUUACAGGCGAGAGAAGGGCUGCGCGCGAGUGCGCGCGCGCCAGGUCGCCGGGUUGGUUGUAUAAGCGCGGGGGUGGCACCGCCCCCUCCCCAGACCUCGAGCUGCUGCUGCCUAAAGCGCGGACACUGUGUGCUUGGCCUAGCUUGCUGCGAGCUCUAGCGGACGCGGGGGGCCUCGGGCUUCCGGCUCCGUUUGCAGCCGCCUCCAGAACAAAAGGCAUCUGGCCCACCAUGGCCCCCAAAAAGAGAAGCCACAGUACCGGAGGCGAGCCAGAAAAGAUGGACAGCCAGGAGAGCAAGGCCAAGAGGAAGCCUCUGCAGAAACACCAGUCCAGCAAGAGCAACGUGGUCCAGCCAGAGCGGGAAGACAAGAAAGAGGGCCAGAAGAGAGCCGGCGCCGAGGGCCUGCAGGAGGCCAUGAGGCAGGCCAGGCUCAGGACGGCGCCCUCGGUGCUCGAGUUCCGCUUUAACAAGCAGCGAGUGAGGCUCAUCUCCCAGGACUGCCACCUGCAGGACCACUCGCAGGCCUUUGUGUACUGGAUGGCCCGGGACCAGCGAGUGCAAGAUAAUUGGGCGUUCCUCUAUGCCCAGAGAUUGGCCCUGAAACAGAAGCUGCCCCUGCAUGUCUGCUUUUGCCUUGCUCCCUGCUUUCUGGGGGCCACCAUCCGCCAUUAUGACUUCAUGCUUCGUGGCCUGGAAGAAGUAGCCGAGGAGUGUGAGAAGCUGUGCAUCCCCUUCCACCUGCUUCUAGGCCUGCCCAAGGAUGUGCUUCCUCCCUUCGUGCAGAAGCAUAGCAUCGGUGGCAUAGUGACCGACUUCUCCCCGCUGCUGCACCACACCCAAUGGGUGAAGGAUGUCCAGGAUGCUCUGCCCAGGCAGGUGCCCUUCGUACAGGUAGAUGCUCACAACAUUGUUCCCUGCUGGGUAGCCUCUGACAAGCAGGAGUAUGGUGCUCGAACCAUCCGACAUAAGAUCCACGACCGGCUUCCUCAUUUUCUGACUGAGUUUCCCCCUAUUAUAUGUCAUCCAUAUCCUUCCAGCAUUCAGGCCGAGCCCGUGGACUGGAAUGCCUGCAGAGCAGGCCUGCAGGUGGAUCGAUCAGUGAAGGAGGUGUCCUGGGCCAAGCCAGGCACUGCCUCUGGGCUGACCAUGUUGCAGUCCUUCAUUGCUGAGCGGCUCCCAUACUUUGGAUCUGACCGAAAUAACCCCAACAAGGAUGCCCUCAGCAACCUUUCCCCCUGGUUCCACUUUGGGCAAGUCUCAGUUCAGCGAGCCAUUCUGGAAGUACAGAAAUAUCGUGGCCGAUACCCAGAUUCUGUAGCUAACUUUGUGGAAGAGGCCGUGGUGAGGAGGGAGCUGGCAGACAAUUUUUGCUUCUACAAUAAGAACUAUGACAAGUUAGAAGGUGCCUAUGAUUGGGCCCAAACAACUUUGAGACUCCACGCCAAGGACAAGAGACCCCAUUUGUACUCAUUGGAACAGCUGGAGUCUGGGAAGACCCAUGACCCUCUCUGGAAUGCUGCCCAGAUGCAGAUGGUGAAGGAAGGAAAGAUGCAUGGAUUCCUCCGAAUGUACUGGGCCAAGAAGAUUCUGGAGUGGACCCGAUCCCCUGAGGAAGCCCUAGAGUUUGCCAUCUAUCUCAAUGACCGAUUUCAGCUGGAUGGCAGGGAUCCCAAUGGCUACGUAGGCUGCAUGUGGUCCAUCUGUGGCAUCCAUGACCAGGGCUGGGCAGAACGGGAGAUCUUUGGGAAGAUCCGCUAUAUGAAUUACGCUGGCUGUAAGAGGAAGUUUGAUGUGGCAGAAUUUGAGCGAAAAUACAGCUCUGUGGAUUAAGGGAACACUGGGGUCCCCCAGCCACCUCUCCAGUCUUUCCACUUCCCAGUUCUCUCCUUCAGUCCAGUUUCUUCCCAGCACAAAGCACUCUGUCCAGAGGGCAGUGACUGGGAGGAUAGUUCAGGCUCCAGUUCUUUUGUUUAAUUGGCUUUGCUGGCUCUUGCUGCUUCUUGUUUCUUAAGUCUUCCAAGAAUCAGUUCUUUGUUUUUACAGGACAGAGAAUCUCCUCCUGGCUUAGCAGAGCUUUUUGGUUGUCUGUUUCUAAGAGUUUCACAGAUGUUACUGGGAAAUUGAUGUUCAACUAGAACCUAGCUUUCCUUGCUCUCUGUUUGUCUAGGUCUAGUUACUUUAAAAAGUUUAGAAUUGCUGUUUUAGGCAGCCUAGGUAUUCAUCUCAGGGCUGCCACUGCAACCUUCAAAGGGACUUGGUGUCCUAGAAUGCACUAGUGUUUUGGGAAGGUUUUCAAACCAGAAGAAUGGGGUAGGUCAUUCUCAAUGUAAACUGGACCUUGGUCCUGAGGUUGCUAGGCUACCAAGGAGAACCAGUUAUAGCUUGGAGUUUUUUGUUGCCUUGGUGACACUUAACUGGCAACAAAAUAGUUGCUCUUUUGGGGAAAUAGUUUAACAAAUGGUGGUACUUGGAAAAUGGAGUAAUUACUGCACUGUAAAAAAUGAAGACAGAAGGCUGGAAAGUUUGAACUAAUGUAGAAUGAAAUGAGCAGACACAAUGGGUACAGUAAUAUAAAAAACAACCACCAAACAGACAAAACUGAAUGCUGAAAAAUUAUAAAGACCAAUCUUGACCCCAAAGAAAAAAGAGGUGGAGAUACCUUCCUGUGCCCUUUUGUAGAAGCGGUGGUUCAUGGAUGUGAGAUAAUGCAAUAUCAUCAGAUGUUUUUUGAAAUGUUUAGUUUUAUGCAACUUAAUUAUAAAGAAAUGUUCUCUGGGAAGUGGUGAGGGAUGACUAUGGUAAGAAAUAUAGGAGAGAAAAACAAAAAAUAUCAAUAAAAGUUUAUUUUUUACAAUAGCCUAAAGCUUUAAAAAUGUGUCUCUGAAAUAUUCAGAUAUUCAUCUUAAGAGUUUUCUUUAUACCUUCUCUGGAAUUUGGUUUCUUUAUCUGGGGAAUCUAGAACCCAUACCUUCUGUUGAUGAAGUGUUCAUUCUUUAUAAAAUCCAUUGAAAUGCAGCUUUAGUCCAUACCUUUGUGAGCGUGUUUCAGAAAUACAUUGCUUUCAGUCACUCAAGUCAUUGUGGGAUUGUGGAGGAUGGGGUGCUAGUGAUGGAAUAAUCCUCUCCUUUAGUUAUUUCUGGCAAAUUAUUAAUUACUGAAUCAAAGAGACUGUUAGAAAGCUUUUGUUAUGUAUUCACAAACUGUACUUAGUCAUUGUUUGAACUUAAACCCACCAGAGAGAAGCUGCCUUUUCAACUGCCUGGGAUACUAUGGGAAAGACCUGAGUUUGUGGGCUCACUUCCAGGGCUCACUCUAACUUUUUUUCAUUUUUCCGUGAGAAACACAAGAUCUCUGGUUUGCUUAAAUGUUGGGGAAAUUGAUAAAACCGCAGAUCUUUUUCUGCUGGGGAGCUUACAGCUAGAGCUGAAAAGGAACAACUAGUAGAACUGAUAGAGGCAGAAUCAUCUGCACCCUUCAUUUUAUAGAUGAGGAAACUGAUUGGUUCAAGAUCGUCAGUGAUAGGAUUUAUUGUUUAAAUGAGGCACUUGGGGUAAGUGACUUGCCCAAGGUCACACAGCUAGGAAGCAUUAGGUGUCUGAGGCCGUAUUUUAAUUCCCCUGGCUCCAGGGUGGGUGCUCUUUCUCCAUCUUGCUGCCUCCAGAGCCAGAUGUUCUUUGCACUACAGCACUUUGCUUUACAGCAUACAGAGACUAGAUUAAGGGAUUUACUGCAGAGAAUUGGGGGCUACUUAGAAAACUGUGGGAAAGAGGCUAUUUCCUCAUCCAUCAUCAUAGGACCCUAUGAUUUCUAAGAUUCCUUUCAAUUCUGAUGGCCUCAUCUAUCAUCUUGAUGUGGUCAGGAUGGCAAUACUUAGUUCAAAAUAAACAUGUGAUAAAUUCUCUCUGGCACAAGGGAAUUAUUUAGGGAAAGAGUUUACAGACAAAAUGAAGGGAUACAAUAGACACUAGGAAUGAUAAAUAUGAAAUAAAGUUGGAAGAGCAUGUCUAGUGUAAGAUGAAGAUAUUUCAUAGGAGAAGUUUUGUAGUUGGGGUUUCCCAAGCUCAAGAGGGAGGAUCAGAGAGCCAGACCUGGCAGACCAGGUUCCAGACCUGCCUAAAAUUAUGCAAAUCAAGAUAGUCUUGGAAAGCUAACUUCCUUUUUGUUUGCAAUUAUGAUUAAUAGAGUUUACAUUAUGACUGUCUUAAUCUUUGGUAAUAAGAUAGUCUGGGAAAGCCAAAGCUGUCUUAAAGGUAGUGGUGAAUGUCUUUAUAGAUGUUAACUAGAUUGUAGGUAGGAUGGAUAAAUUAACAAUAGACACUGACUUCACAUUAUUCUACAGGAAUAGAAUUUGGGAUUCUUCCUGAUAGGGGAAAUAUAUAUAAGUGAUAUAUAAGUCAUAUCAAUCUAGUGGCAGUGGACUGUAAGGACUGGAGGCAAUAGGGCAAUAGGAACAAAGACUUUCCCCUUCCUUUACCUUCUCUGCCCAUGCUUUGCCCAAAGGAAUAGGGGUUUUGAUGUCUGGAAACCUCACAUAUCUUAGGGUUGUGGGCUACAUUUUUUUAAAUAAUAGCUUUUUAUUUUCUCUCUUUUCUUUUUUAUUAAAGCUUUUUAUUUACAAAA